AUUUUUACAGUUUUCUGUGUCUAAGGCUUCCUUCCGAGUUUUGGUUGUUUGUUUCUAAAGAGAAGAUAUGAAUUACUUUUCUGCAUAGCUGAAAUAAUACACAUGGAAUCUUCUUAUAUCUAGAAGUGUAAAAUAUACUAUUGAUUUAAUUUCCUAAAAAAGUAUGGCAGAAGAUAAACAGUCAACAAUACAAAAUGAACCUGAAGAAAGUAUAUUUUCUGGAAUGGUAACAUUAUCUGAUUUAGAGACUGUAGAAACUCUAUCUGAAGAAAAGUCGAGUGAACUUGCUAAAGAAGAUACUUGUGCAACUUCUGCCAGCUCUUGCCUUGCCACUCAAGAAAAAGAGUGUGAAGAAGUUGAAGCAAUACCAAGUAAUGUUAUUAUAGAUGGGUCCAUAAAAGACUUAUCAAAUAGGGAUGAGGAGAGCCCUGAAAAAUUGCCUCAAACUAUUAAUACAUCUGAGGAGAGAAUAGAUAAUUCUUCACUUGAACUGGGGACAGAAUUACUUGAUCCUCCCGAAACUCAAAAAUAUGAAGAAGAAGACUCUGCUGGAGACAAGGUUAGUAAUCUGCCCGCUUCCACCAGGGAAAUUGAAGCAGAAAAUGAACUAAAUGAUAAUACGGAAUUUGUUCAGGUGAAUACUGAAAAGGAUGAUAAUGAAAAAGAUUCUACUAAAGGGGAUGAACUUUUGGAGGAUCCUAUAGGAGGUGAUGAAAAUGAUAAUGAAAAUAUUGAAUCCAUGUCAGAAGGUGGUGAUGAAGAAUUGUGCAUUAUACCAGACACUCAAAGAGUUUUACCUCAAACUGAAAAUAUUGAUUUACAACCAUUGAAGGAGCUCUCAGCUGCAACUGGAGAUGCAGAAAGUCAAGAAAGUACCUUCACUAUUAAUAAAUAUAAGGAGAAAAAUCCUCAGACUUGCUAUAAAUGUGGUUGGGUUCGCACACCAAAGUAUAACUUAAAGAAGAUGGAAGAUGAAAUUUAUCUGUGUAACGAUGAUUGCUUGGAAGAUUUUAAGAAAACGGAAAAAGGACAAGUUGUUUUGAAUUGGGAUUCUGAAAUAAGAGUUAAAGAUUUAACUGCUAAUAAUGAAAGUACCUCGUUUAAAAAAACAUGUGCUAGUUGCAAAGAAGAAAUAUUCAACGAAGAAUCAAAUCUUACCUGGGAAAUCAUGGAUUUUUGCAACGAAAUUUGCUUGACAAAGUAUCAGAAAGAAAUAGGAUCUAAAUGCUUCAAUUGUCAAGGAGAUGUUAAAGCAAACUCACUCGGUAAAUAUUGUGUUCGAUUUGGAAAUGACAUUCGUCAAUUUUGCACAAGUCAUUGUUUGGAAAAUCAUAAGAAGGGUCUUAAAGUAUGUUCCUAUUGCCAACUUGAUAUGUCAUUAGGAUCAGAAGCUUUCCUGGCAGUAGGAGACAAGGGUCAAAUUAAAGAUUUCUGUUCUCAAAAAUGUAUGGAAAACUAUGACAUAUUAACGAAUAACAGGCCCCCUAAAGUAGCUGAUGGUUCAAUAUGUUGUGUUUGUAAACUCACCAAGCCUAUAACGAUAUCAUUUGAACUAAAUGGGUCUGAUAACUAUUUUUGUAGCGAACGCUGUUUUGUUGCUUUCAGUUUUGUCAACAAUAUCAAAUCCGACAAAUGUGCAAUGUGUCAAAGGAAUUUUGCUAAAGAAAAAUUGGAGGAGCAUACUAUGUUUUAUGAAAAUACUCAACUGAGUUAUUGUUCAAAUAGUUGCCAAAACAUAUAUAUAAUAGCACAUCGAAAAAUUGUUCCAUGUACAUGGUGUAAAGUAAAAAAGUAUAAUUUUGAUAUGAUUCGAAGGUUUAAUACAAAUGGAUCACACCUCAAUAUGUGUAGUGUUAAUUGUUUAAAUUUAUAUCAGGUUUCUUUGAAUGCAGUUUCUUCCAAGAAAACACAGUGUGAUUUUUGUAAAAAAAAUCUCCAAGCCUUGUAUCAUCUUACUAUGUCUGAUGCAACAAUUAGGAAUUUUUGUUCCUAUGGAUGCGUUAUGUCAUUUCAAAGCCAGUACAACAAAUCACCUAUCACUCUGUCUGAAGAAGCCUUUCCAGUGCCAACUGGUACUCCUAAACGUAGCAAAAGACUAAAUAAAGGAAACAAUACAUGUACUCGUACUGUUGAAACAUCAUUACCUGUCAUAAGUAGGGUACAAAGUUUGUCUAGUACUAAUGGAACGGUAUCAACUGGUACCAGAGCUACCAGAUCUAAAACUUCUAGUACAUCAACAACUAUUCCUGCAACUCCUGUUGCUCUUCAAAAUAAUAUUGAAAUACCUGUGCAGGUGAAACACCAUAUAAUCGUCAAACCUGCUCCUAUUCCGAAUCAACGAAACGUUGCAACUCUCUGCCGUCCACGUAUGUGUAAUAAAGGGGUGAAUGCUACAGCGAAAGUUGAACAUGCCUCAGUUCAAACAGAAAAAAGGGAAGCUGAUAAGGUGUUGAUUCCUGUUCCAAUUCCUAUUUUCGUUCCUCUCCCCAUGCAUAUGUUUUCCACUCCUGUACCCAUGCCACUACCUAUACCCAUUCCUGUGCCUGUUCCUGUGUUCAUUCCAACUACAAGAAAUUCGGCUAAUGGGAUCAUGAAGGAGAUUAAGAAAAUUCAAGUCAAAAUUCCAACAAAUCCUUAUGAAGCGGAGCUUUUGAUGAUGGCAGAAAUGGUGGCUGAUGACAAGAAAGAGGAAAAUACCGAUUCUGAAAGUGAUAUGGAGGAUACAGUUGCUGAUGACACUGGAGGCGGAACUUUCAGCCCAGAACCUCAAGAUGGGAGCAAUACAUUCGGAGAUGAUAUGUUGCAGAUGGCUCUUAAAAUGGCAACAGAGUUAGAUGAACCGGCCGUCGACUUGGAAGGUGCUUUGACUGCAAACACCAUCACAGCAUCCCAAGCGCAGGAUGAGGUACAUCCUGAGGUUUCAGAGGAAGUUGCCCCUGAUCAGUUGCAUCUUAUCGAUAGGGGACAAAGAGGUCGCAAAAGAGCGUUACGUGGUAGUCCAAGACAAGGAGCGAUAUCGAAAAGGGGCCGGAGAAGUCUAUCUCAACAUGUUGAGAUACCUAUGAUGCAGCAACCCCCACCGCAGCCAGAACCACAGGAGAAACCUGACGCCAAUAUGUGUCUCAAAUAUACUUUCGGUGUCAAUGCCUGGAAGCAGUGGGUUACUUUCAAGAAUGCCGAGUUGGAAAAAUCUUCUAGAAGGGUGAAAUUAUUCAAAACGGAGAUUUUACAGCUGACUGCUGAUGAGCUCAACUAUUCCCUCUGUUUAUUUGUUAAAGAAGUUCGGAAACCUAAUGGUGCAGAAUAUGCACCUGAUACAAUUUAUUAUCUCUGUCUAGGUAUACAACAGUAUCUAUUUGAAAAUGGUAGAAUUGACAACAUAUUUUGUGACGCCUACUAUGAAAAAUUUACGGACUGCCUAGAUGAAGUAGCUAAAAGAUUCUCUGUUCUUUAUAAUGAUUCUCAUUAUAUUGUAACCCGGGUAGAGGAAGAGCAUUUAUGGGAAAGUAAACAGCUUGGAGCGCAUUCUCCUCAUGUACUUCUCAGCACAUUAAUGUUUUUCAAUACCAAACACUUCAACCUCACAACAGUUGAUGAACAUAUGCAGCUAUCAUUUUCCCACAUAAUGAAACACUGGAAAAGGAAUCCAAACCAAGCCGGAGCUUCGAAAAUACCAGGGUCAAGAAAUGUUUUGCUAAGGUUUUAUCCUCCUCAAAGUGCCAUACAGAAUAAUUCUAGAAAGAAGAAAGUUUAUGAACAACAAGAAAAUGAGGAGAACCCUCUCAGGUGUCCAGUCAAGUUGUAUGAAUUUUAUCUAUCGAAAUGCCCAGAAAGUGUUAAAACUCGAAACGAUGUGUUCUACCUCCAACCAGAGAGAUCUUGUGUACCUGAUAGCCCUGUAUGGUAUUCAACAAUGCCGUUGCCCAGAGAUGCGUUAGAAAAAAUGUUACACAGGGUUAAAAUGGUGAAAGAAAUAAAUGUGGCACUAUUGACUAGUUAAAAUAAGAAGAAAAAUUGCUUUCUUACCCGAAAUGUGGAUUUCUUGAAUUGAUUAUGAUUUCAGUACGCUUUCAAACUUCACUAGUUUUUGAUAUAGACAUUAGUAACAGUAUUCAUAACAUCUUUAUAUGAAAUAACAGUUGAAAGCUACAUCUACUAUUCUUUUAUAUUUCAUCGAAUAGAAAUUCAAAGGAAUGUAUUAAUGUUAAGUUGAUUCAAAGUUUAUAAUUUGGUUUCCUAAUCUUUUGAGAUGACUUUUAGGAUAAAAUAAUGAUUGGUAAAUAUUUCUAUUGUAAAUAAAGAGUAAUUGUACAUUUUUUAUUGUAAUACCAAUAAAAUUUAUGUGUAAUUUU